AACAUGUGUUUUUUUGAUGCCGCCGCGCGCAGAAAAAAAGUCCCUCUUUCGCAAUUGUCAAGUGUUGUGCAGGCCGAAAAAUAUAAACGAGUGUUAAAAAGCUAAUUUUCAGUUUUAACCCACCCGUACAACACAAUGGCACCGGACAAGAAGCAAAAGGGCCGCAACAAGAAAAGCAUCCCGGUCACGAAGAAGGAUGACAAGAAAGCGAACGGCACCAACGGUGACGUUGUCACGGCCGAUAUGACUGAGGAGGAGGCACUGUGCGCGAAGCUGGACGAGGAGGCACGGAUCAAUGCGGAGGCCCGUGCCUGCACCGGGUCGUUGGCGGUGCAUCCCCGGUCGCGUGACAUCAAGUUCUCCAACUUCUCGAUCACCUUCUUCGGCAGCGAGAUGCUGCAGGAUACGAUGCUCGAGCUGAACUGCGGCCGGCGGUACGGUCUGCUCGGGGCGAACGGUUGCGGCAAGUCGUCGCUGCUGUCCGUGCUUGGCAAUCGCGAAGUGCCGAUCCCGGACCACAUCGACAUCUUUCACCUGACGCGCGAAAUUCCGGCCAGCUCGAAGAGCGCCAUCCAGUGCGUGAUGGAGGUGGACGAGGAGCGCAUCAAGCUGGAGAAGAUGGCGGACGCGCUGGUCGAGCAGGAGGACGACGACGCGCAGGAGCAGCUGAUGGACAUCUACGACCGGCUGGACGAGAUGUCGGCGGACCAGGCGGAGGCGAAGGCGUCCCGCAUCCUGCACGGUCUGGGCUUCGACAAGGACAUGCAGCAGAAGGCGGCGAAGGACUUUUCCGGCGGCUGGCGUAUGCGCAUUGCGCUCGCGAGGGCACUGUUCGUGAAGCCGCACCUGCUGCUGCUGGACGAACCGACCAACCAUCUCGAUCUGGACGCGUGCGUGUGGUUGGAGGAGGAGCUGAAGACGUACAAGCGCAUUCUGGUGAUCAUCUCGCACUCGCAGGACUUCCUGAACGGCGUCUGUACGAACAUCAUCCACAUGACGCAGAAGCGGCUCAAGUACUACACCGGUAACUACGAGCAGUUUGUCAAGACCCGGCUCGAGCUGCUGGAGAACCAGAUGAAGCAGUACAACUGGGAGCAGGACCAGAUCGCACACAUGAAGAACUACAUCGCCCGGUUCGGUCACGGUUCGGCCAAGCUGGCCCGCCAGGCCCAGUCGAAGGAGAAGACGCUCGCCAAGAUGGUGGCCCAGGGGCUGACCGAGAAGGCGGUGGACGAGAAGCAGCUCAACUUCUGCUUCCCGUCCUGCGGCACGAUCCCGCCGCCGGUGAUCAUGGUGCAGAACGUGAGCUUCCGGUACAACGACAAGACGCCGUACAUCUACAAGAACCUCGAGUUUGGCAUCGAUCUGGACACGCGGCUGGCGCUGGUCGGCCCGAACGGUGCGGGCAAGAGUACGCUGCUGAAGCUGCUGUACGGUGAUCUGGUGCCGACGUCCGGCAUGAUCCGCAAGAACUCGCAUCUGCGCAUCGCCCGGUACCAUCAGCAUCUGCACGAGCUGCUCGACAUGGACGCCAGCCCGCUAGACUACAUGCUGAAAAACUUCCCCGAGGUGGUGGAGCGCGAGGAGAUGCGCAAGAUUGUUGGCCGGUACGGGCUGACCGGGCGGCAGCAGGUCUGCCCGAUCCGCCAGCUGUCCGACGGGCAGCGGUGCCGCGUCGUGUUCGCGUACCUGGCGUGGAAGAAGCCGCACCUGCUGCUGCUGGACGAACCGACCAAUCACUUGGACAUGGAGACGAUCGAUGCCUUAGCGGAAGCCAUCAACGACUUCGAGGGUGGGCUGGUGCUGGUCAGCCACGACUUCCGGCUGAUCAACCAGGUGGCGGAGGAGAUCUGGGUGUGCGAGAAGGGCACGGUCACCAAGUGGAACGGUGGCAUUCUCGACUACAAGGAGCAUCUCAAGAAGAACAUUGCCAAGGAGGCACGGAUUGCGUCCAGCGGCACCGCUGGCGGCAAGUGAGCGGCUGUGUUUGUUGUUUGUCCCCCCCCCCCCCCUUCGAUCCGGGCGGGGGGUUAACUCUCAUCUCCUUAUUUCGCUUCAUCUGCCGUGGGGUCAAUUCCAAAGAUUGCUCCAAAACAAAACAAAACAAACUAAACGCGGGCGUGGGAAACUUUAUCCUUCUUUCCUUUGAAUGGCAUUCUCUCUCGCUCCUUAUUUUUCGAAUCAACAUCUCCUUUCCCUCUUCCCCGCCUCAUCGAUCACACUCCACAAACCGCUUCAACAGUUAGAGAAUGCAAAUGAACAGUAACACCCACUAAUUAGUACCAAACCAAUUAAAUGCAGGCAGCAGAAGCAGCACCACAAUGCUUACGGUAAAGAAAACACGAAUUCAAUAAAAUUUUAGCAACAAUUUAUAACAAACAAAAACCGAACACCACAGCCACAACAAGCCCAGUUAGUCCAAUCGCUCAAGAUCACGUCAAGCAUGCAAAACACAUAGCAAUUUGUUAAAGCCACCCAACACCCCCCCCCCC